AUGGGGAACCUAGAAAAUCUAUAUAAAAAUAUUUAUUUGGAACCUCUUAUGCAGGUUUAUAAUACCCUCAGAAAUGAGUAUUCCGCUGAUGUUUCCUAUAAAGUUGAGGUUCAUGAAAUCCAUCACUACGCAGAGAAUGCCCACUCUCCCGAAGUGGACAAACUCUAUCAGGACGAUGCGGUGUGGAUCAUUUCCAGCAGUUUUAUCAUUUUCACAAUGCACUCUGGGUUUGGCCUUCUCGAAUCUGGAAGUGUGUCAGCAAAAGAUGAAGUGAAUAUAAUGGUGAAAAACGUGGUAGACGUAGUGUUCGGUGGACUUUCUUAUUGGUCAUGCGGUUUCGGGUUAUCAUAUGGAGACUAUGAACCAUGGAGGAAUCCUUAUAUAGGUUUUGGAAAGUUUUUCUAUGAUCCAACACGAGAUUAUGGUACGAGGGAGAGCAUAAACCAAGAAGGAUGGUCGUAUGCAAGUUUUUUGUUUCAAUUAUCGUUAGCCACGACUGCAUCGACGAUUGUGUCAGGUGCAGUGGCCGAGAGAGCUAAACUGAAAUCUUAUAUUCUACUUGGUUGUAUAGUUAUCUUAAUACAAGCCCUACCCGCCCAUUGGGUAUGGGAUAAAGAGGGUGUAUUCUACAAGAAAGGAGUCGUCGAUUUCGCUGGAUGUUCUGCUGUUCAUAUGGUUGGAGGUAUCAUUGGACUGAUUGCAACUGUUUAUUUAAAACCGAGAAGGAAUCGAUUCAAUGAAGACAGUGUUCAUCAGAUGAGUAGUCCCACGAAUGCAUUAUUGGGUACAUUUCUAUUAUGGUGGGGAUGGUUCGGUAUCAAUGCUGGAUCUGUUUGGGGUAUUACUGGAGGACGAUGGAGACUCGGAGCACGGGCGGCUGUUGCCACAAUUAUGGCUUCGAUUGGUGGAGGAGCAACUGCGAUUACUAUUAGUUUUGUGAAGACGAAAAAGCUGCAAGUCAAUUUUCUUAUCAAUGGGAUCUUGUCCUCGAUCGUUUCUAUCACAGCUAUCUGCGCAGUCUCUCGUCCGUGGCAUGCUCUUGUCAUCGGCUCCAUUUCAUCUGUCUUCUCGAUAGCUGUCCUUCCACUUCUUGAUCGUCUACACAUCGACGAUCCAGUCGGAAUCGUACCUAUCCAUCUAACAUCUUCUAUUUGGGGAAUGAUUGCUGUAGGCAUAUUUUGUGAAGAGGACAAGUACUUGACAAGUGCCACUAACAACAUGUCUGGUCUUUUGUACUCUUGGAGUUUUGAACUUCUCGGAGUUCAAUUAUUAUGUACAGUCACCAUAUUGAUCUACUCCGCGACGACCGGGUUUCUGGCUCUUUUUCUAAUCAGUAAGAGUCCACUCGGCCUUCGUGUCACAGAUUACGAAGAACAAAUUGGUGCUGACGUUAUUGAGCACGGAUUGGCUGGAACAAAUGUGGCCAGAUAUGUAAUAGAGAAGCCGCUGUCUACAAGAACAUUCCAAACAGUGACGAAAGCAAUCACAAAAUGGAAGAUGUUGGCGAAAAAGAAGAGUAGACAGAAAAGAAUGGAAGCAGCAAAAUUGAAGAGGCAGGAGGAGCAAGAAACGUAUGCACAGGCAAAUGGAACCGCGCUUGCCAACGGAAAUGGCAAUGGAAACGUGCUUCACCAUCGGACCAAUGCCACUAGCAACACUACCAACAAUACAUCAGCACCGCCAACCACAAACAGCAAUGGAACAGGACCGCCCAAACGGAACAGUGGACCUGCUUUCAGUAACCAGGUGGCGCCGUUACCAGUUAGUAGUACAGUAACAACGGCUAGAGACGCACCAAGUACGGGAAGACGAGCGGGUUCGACAGCAAUAGAAAUGGAAGGUCCUGCUUCGAAUGUUCCAACAAGUUCACAUCCUACGGAAGCUCAACCACCACCCACUACUGCUGCUGACGAACCGGGACCAUCUACAAGCGCUGCAGUGGCAUCAAGAAGGCCAUCGUUGGAGAGUAAACCGGGUUCAGCUACUUCGAGAAAAUCCAUAUCUAUCACAUCUGUCUCAACCGGUACUGCCACUGGUAUCAGUAUUGCACCUACCGACUCUCGGCCAUCAACAACUUCUGCCACCUCCAUUUAUUCCAAAAAAUCCAGUAAAAACUCAACAUUGGGAAAAUUCGUACGGGCGCCGGCUCCCAGAGCUCUCUCACCUCCGAUGGAUAAUCCACCAAAUCCCCCACCACCAGAAGUUUGA